UCUACCAAACCACGAGGAAGAAGGAAAAGAGGAAGAAGAUAAUGAAGCUGCCUGCUCUGUUCAAGGCCAAAGAACCAUGGCAAUGGCCUUCAUGCAAGCAGCCCAAAACCCUUUCUUUCAGAGCCGGAGACGACGUGUUCAAGACCGUCAACUCGAUGUUCUUCGACGCGAACACCGGUGUCGAAACUCCCGAGUCGUGGUUCACGCACUCUUCCGAGUCCGCGAGCUUCUCGACCGAGUCGGAUCGAGCCGUCGAGUCGUUGGAGGUGGUGGUCCACGGAGCUCGAUCCGAGAGGCUGUUCUUCGAGCCGGGCGGCGACACGAGCUCGAUACUCGAAGAGGCUAAAACCGGCAGGGCAGCUUCGUUUCCGUUCGAGGAGAGCGUGGUUUUGGCGAUGGAAUCCAACGAUCCGUACGUGGAUUUCCGGCUGUCGAUGGAGGAGAUGGUGGAGACGCAUGGGAUGAAAGAGUGGGAACAGCUGGAAGAGCUUCUUGGAUGGUAUUUGAAGGUCAAUAAUAAAAACAACCAUGGAUUUAUAAUCAGUGCUUUCAUUGAUCUGCUUUUGGCCAUUACUUCUUCUUCUUCGUCCUCCGAUUCCACCUCUUAUUCUUCAGCUGUUUCUUCUUUCUCUCCAUCGUCUACUUUACGUUCAAGUCAAACAAAUCUUCAUGAGCUUGAGGUAGAAGAUGAAGAUAGUGUUUUGCGUUAAAA